AGCGGGGAGGGCGCAGCUGCGCGCGCACAGGCGGCAGGCGGCGCGCGGGGGCCCGGAUGGCGGCGGCGGCGGCCGGCGGCGGGCCGCCCCGGGAGGAGGAGGGUCCCGGUGGGGACUCAGCGAGCCCGCAGCCGCAAGCGCCGACGAGCGCGCCGGGGGCUCGUCUCUCGAGGCUGCCGCUGGCGCGAGUGAAGGCCCUGGUGAAGGCGGACCCCGACGUGACGCUGGCGGGACAGGAAGCCAUCUUCAUCCUGGCGCGCGCCGCGGAACUGUUUGUAGAGACCAUUGCAAAAGAUGCUUACUGCUGCGCCCAGCAAGGAAAGAGGAAAACCCUUCAGAGGAGAGAUUUGGAUAAUGCAAUAGAAGCCGUGGAUGAAUUUGCUUUUCUGGAAGGUACUUUGGAUUGAUUGCUGAGCUGGAUGGUUUUGUGACCCUUCACCUCCAUUCUUUGGUUAACCCCGUUCUGCGGGCCCCAGCUUUGAAGAACAGAGUCUAUGGGAUAUUGCACUUGGAUGCUUUUAUUGUCCUGCCUUCACCUCAGCUGGCUUAAGCAGAGAACUCAUCCAUUAGCUUUUCUCUACAAAGUCUUCCAUUUCUUGUGUCUUCGCUUCAGACCUGGAGGCAGCAGCUGCCAUGGCUUGGGGUGGAUAUAAAGAGAAUGUUCUGUGCAAGUUUCUUGAUGGAUCACAAAGACCCAAAUAAAGGUCUCCGAUCAACAUCCA